GAUGCCAGAGCUCUUCAAUCGUUCUCAGCUUUGCUUCCACGACCCGAUCCGCUCUCUGCUUCAAAACCCACAUUUCUUCUGAUUUUCUCUUCAAAUUCUUAGGGUUUCUUUCGCUCAAUUGUCACUACAACUCUAGCAAAUUCUUCUCCAAUCCGAACAAAUUUCUUAGUGGUUUGGAGUUUUUUUUUUAGUUUUGUACUUCAUCCCAAUGGGAACUCUCACCAGCUGCAGUUUCAGCACUGCUACCUUCAGGUUCCGUUCUCGUCCAGUCGGAAAUGAUUUCAGGCAAAGAAUUCAUCUGUUUAACAUUACUAGUAAGAACCUCUGUUUCUUGUGCUCCAAGAAACAGGUCUCCAGUGGGAGUUUUGGUAGGUUUAGAUGUUUCAGCACUAAUGGAAAUGGUGACAAAAAUGAAGGAGAAGAGAGUAGUCUUGUUAAAGAUUCUAAUUCCAAAACCGCCACCAUGCCUGAAGAGGCCGAGGAGGAGUUGGAUUCCGAUAAGGACCCGCCUGCAUCUGUUUCUUCAAGGCCACCAUCUAUUUCUCCCAUAGGACCAGGUUACAAUAAUUUCCAAGUUGACUCUUUUAAACUCAUGGAACUCCUUGGGCCUGAGAAAGUUGAUCCUGCUGAUGUAAAGCUCAUUAAGGAUAAACUUUUUGGCUAUUCCACUUUCUGGGUGACCAAAGAAGAGCCAUUUGGGGAUCUUGGAGAGGGCAUUCUUUUCCUUGGAAAUUUAAGGGGUAAGAGAGAGGAGAUUUUUGCCAAACUUCAAAGUCAGCUGACCGAAAUCAUGGGUGAUAAGUACAACCUUUUUAUGGUUGAAGAACCCAAUUCAGAUGGGUUGGAUCCACGUGGUGGGCCACGUGUUAGCUUUGGCAUGCUGCGGAAAGAGGUUUCUGAACCUGGCCCCACAACACUCUGGCAGUAUGUGAUUGCUUUCUUGUUAUUCCUUCUUACCAUUGGUUCCUCUGUGGAGUUGGGAAUCGCAUCGCAGAUAAAUCGACUUCCACCAGAUGUAGUCAAGUACUUCACAGAUCCUGAUGCCAUUGAGCCACCAGAUAUGGGGCUUCUGUUUCCAUUUGUGGAGUCUGCUUUGCCCCUAGCAUAUGGUGUCUUGGGGGUUCAGCUGUUUCAUGAAGUUGGGCAUUUUCUGGCUGCUUUCCCCAAGAAAGUAAAACUAAGCAUUCCUUACUUUAUUCCUAACAUUACUCUGGGCAGUUUCGGUGCAAUCACUCAGUUCAAAUCUAUCCUUCCUGAUCGAAGGACAAAGGUUGACAUUUCACUUGCGGGCCCCUUCGCUGGUGCUGCACUAUCUUGUGCAAUGUUUUCUGUUGGCUUGCUGCUUUCAUCAAAUCCAGAUGCUGCAGGAGAUUUAGUGCAGGUUCCUAGCAUGCUAUUUCAAGGUUCUUUGCUUCUUGGGCUCAUCAGUAGAGCCACUCUUGGUUAUGCAGCAAUGCAUGCUGCCACAGUUCCAAUCCAUCCUCUUGUGAUUGCUGGCUGGUGUGGCUUAACCACGUCAGCUUUUAAUAUGCUUCCAGUGGGAUGCCUUGAUGGAGGUCGAGCUGUGCAGGGUGCUUUUGGAAAAGGUGCACUGUCUGGAUUCGGUUUAACAACAUACACGUUACUGGGACUUGGAGUGCUUGGGGGACCUUUGUCACUUCCUUGGGGACUGUAUGUGCUAAUAUGCCAGAGGAGUCCAGAGAAACCAUGUUUAAACGACGUAACAGAGGUCGGAACAUGGAGGAAAACAGUGCUUACAGUGGCUAUAUUCCUGGUGGUAUUGACCCUCCUUCCUGUAUGGGAUGAGCUUGCAGAGGAGCUGGGUAUAGGUCUUGUAACCACAUUUUGAUGUAUAUUAGGCUUAGGCAGAGGAAAUCAGAAUUUUUGUGCCUUACUGAAAAUGGAUCAAUUGGUGGAUGAUAGAGGGGACAUUAUCAAUCUAUAUUCCUUCACCAUUUUUCAUA